AGUAUAGCGAUAGUCACUAUAGCGAUAGCCCAUCAAUUUAGAAUUGUGUCUAUUAUUCAUUAGAUUAAACAUACUUAUAUGAUUCCACUGAAUAUUGAUAAACGACGAACCACACAAUGUUAAACAUAGUUUGGUUUCAUUUUAUUUUGGCAGUCAUCUCUAAAUAAAAUAGCCCUUUCUCUGAAUAGCUCAUAGAGUUGGAUAGCUCGACAAGCUCAAUCUUUAUCAAUCUUUAUCAUGAUCAAAUUGGCAACUUGGCGGUACGUUUGUUUAUUAUUGUGUUCUCACUUUCACGGUACGGUCGACAGAAAGCAGAAUUAUUUACACAAUCGCUCAAAAUCUACGUAAUCGAGGUUUAUUUUCAUCCAGAAAUACUUGAAAUCGAAAUAAAAGAUGUCGAUCGGUGUACCUAUUAAGGUUUUACACGAGGCAGAGGGACAUAUCAUCACUUGUGAGACGAAUACAGGUGAAGUCUACCGUGGAAAGCUCAUCGAAGCCGAAGACAACAUGAACUGCCAAAUGAUGCACAUAACUGUCACUUAUCGCGACGGACGAGUCGCACAGCUUGAGCAUGUUUAUAUCAGGGGAAGCAAAAUUAGAUUUUUCAUCUUGCCUGAUAUGCUGAAGAAUGCUCCCAUGUUUAAGAAAGCCGGAUCUAAGGGAUCUGCAGGACGAGGAAAGUCUGCGAUUCUGAGAGCCCAGGUUGCUGCUGGAGGUCGAGGAGGAAGAGGCCGUGGUGGUGGACGUGGUGAUGGAGGACGAGGAAGAGGAAACGUCUUCCAGAGGAGGAGAUGAUCUGCCAAAACGCCAUUAGAUAACCCUUGUACUAUAAUUUCUUUCCGCCUAUAUACAGUCCUUUGGAGCAUAUCUUGAAACAAAUAGUGAUUUUCACAGACUAUUAUAAGCUAUGAAAAAUCCUUGCAUCUGAUUGGCUGAGAGCAAAUUAGUCUUUGGAAAUCACCAAUUGACUAUCUCAUCAUAAAAUGUUCCCCUUGUGUACAACUCCACAUAAGGUCUGAUGGCAUUUUUCACUAGAUAAGAUUAUGUGCAUGUUUCGAGUUUAACAUUACAUUACAGACUGCUGGAUCUACAAUGUAUGUCAUAGUAUUUUCAUCAUCUUAAUCUUUAGUGGUGUGUUAGUGUACUGUUACAUGUACAUGUUUGUACUUGACAUCUUAACAGUAUCCGUCCAUCUACUUCAUUUUCAAUGAAUAAAGUGGUUGUAACUUAUGACGUGGACCUUUACUUUAAUGAUUCCAGCAUUUCCCCUUUUCUGUUGCAAACACAAUUAUCGGUAAUGAACAAGUUUGUUCAGUUUCAAUAUUUUGUACUAGUGCAGAUUUUCUGAGACACCCGACUAAAAGAGAUUUACAGAAAAAAAUAUCCGUUGAGCUUUAAAAAAAUACAAUCGUAUUUGAAAAAAGUACCUUUCAUGCAAAACAGAUUUUUUUUUUUUUUUAGUGACAACUAUUUUAUUACUCAAUGUGCCGAAAUGACAUACAAUGUAAAUCUCUUUUUCAAGACAAGUAGUGAUUGUUACUCAAUGCACAUAAGAAAUGAAUGGUGAAAAGUGUACAAAUACAUGUACUAGACCUUACCCGGACUUCAGUAGAUACAAGUUUUUAACACCGAAAUUGUCAAAUGCUUGUCAUCUGUUUUAAUGUUAUUUUACUUUUUUAAUUUCAUAAAGAAAAGGAUGCUUGUGAUAACAUGAAAUUAUAGAAAAUUUUGGCCCAUUAAGGUCCAUAUUUGUUGAGGGAAAUUGGUCAACAAAGUUAUUCUUUCAUGCAUCUGACCAUUCUACAUUUAUCUCCCUUUCAGCAAUUUUUUGUCUCACCUGCAUAGCAGAGUGAGACUAUAGGCGCCGCUUUUCCGACGGCGACGGCGGCGGCGUCAACACCAAAUCUUAACCUGAGGUUAAGUUUUUGAAAUGACAGCAUAACUUAGAAAGUAUAUGGACCUAGUUCAUGAAACUUGGCCAUAAGGUUAAUCAAGUAUUACUGAACAUCCUGCCUGAGUUUCAUGUCACAUGACCAAGGUCAAAGGUCAUUUAGGGUCAAUGAACUUAGACCAUGUUGGGGGAAUCAACAUCAAAAUCUUAACCUAAGGUUAAGUUUUUGAAAUGUCAUCAUAACUUAGAAAAUAUAUGGACCUAGUUCAUGAAACUUAUACAUAAGGUUAAUCAAGUAUCACUGAACAUCCUGCAUGAGUUUCACAUCACAUGACCAAGGUCAAAGGUCAUUUAGGGUCAAUGAACUUUGGCUGAAUUGGGGGUAUCUGUUGAAUUACCAUCAUAACUUUGAAAGCUUAUGGAUCUGAUUCAUGAAACUUGGACAUAAUAGUAAUCAAGUAUCACUGAACAUCAUGUGCGAGUUUCAGGUCACAUGAUCAAGGUCAAAGGUCAUGUAAGGUCAAAGAACUUUGGCCACGUUGGGGGUAUUUGUUGAAUUGCCAUCAUAUCUCUAUAAGUGUAUUGGUCUAGUUCAUAAAACGUGGAAAUAAGAGUAACCAAGUAUCACUGAACAUCUUGGGCGAGCUAUAGUAGUUUUCAAAAUCAGCACUGCUGCUAUAUUGAAUCGCGUGAUGCAGGUGAGACGGCCAGAGGCAUUCCACUUGUUUUUUAUAUCGGUGUGAUACUUCACAAAUCUCCUUCGUCAUGGAUUAUUUAAGAUAAUUCAAGUAACAUCAAGUGCCUUGAAUUAAAAGAUUAAAUUUUGAGAAGUAUAUAUAACUCCCCUAGUUGACCUCCAUAAGGUUGAAUAAAGUGAAAGCAUAUCCAUUAAUUUUAAGUAAAUCAUUUGUAGUCCAUUACUUUUUGGAAGAAACUGCUUCAGUUUUCAUAGAAAGUGGAUUGUGACUUGAUCUCAGAAAUAUGAAUGUUAACGUACAUGUAAUUGGAAUAAUGGUAGAACAAAGCACAGCUACCUUGAUUUCCAGUGAGGCAUUGUAUAGAUUAUAUAAAAUGCAUUUUCAUGAACAUCUGUUGCUGGAUAAAUGCCGAAAUGUCUUUCUUGGAGGCCAUUACCAGUGCAUGUAAUUUCUUAUCCAUCUGUUUAUAGGUCAUAACAUGUUUAUUAUUGGCAGCUUCAGCACUAUCAGUUGUGCAUAGUUCUGAGUUUAUUGGUCUCAGUAGUUGUGGGGGUCGGGCUCAACAAAUUGUUUUUCUUGUACUUUUGUGCAGUACACAGGAUGACACAACUGUCAAUAAAUUUUUCUUGUACUGUACAAUCAACAUUCCUGACUUAUGAAGAACCAUCCUGUAAAUAAUCUGAAUGUAGCAAAAAGCAAACAGAUGUGUAGGGGAUUGUAUUUUAGUUCCUUUGUAAAAAGAAAAAAAAAAUGCAGAUAUGCACACUACAUCACUGUAUAUGCGUAGUUGAUUUUGAUGUCCGAGUACAUCAUGUUUUUCGUCAGAUAAUCGUGUAUGUAAAUUGUGAAGUUUUGUAAAUUCAAACAAGUUGCGAGUGUACCAUAUUAAAUAUCAGUGAAUUUUUUCAAUGAUA